GCUCCCCGCUAUGCUUCAUCCCUUCCACCAAACACCCCAUGAAAGUCCUCACAGGCCCUUCAGUCCAUGGCUCCCCGCUCCGCUUCAUCCCCUUCCCACCAAACACCCCAUGAAAGUCCUCACAGGCCUUCAGGCCAUGGCUCCCCGCUCCGUGUCAUCCCCUUCCUGCCAAACACCCUGCAAAAGUCCUCACAGGCCACUCAGGCCAUGGCUCCCCGCUCUGUGUCAUCCCUUCCUGCCAAACACCCAUGAAAGUCCUCACAGGCCCCUCAGUCCAUGGCUCCCCGCUCUGUGUCAUCCCCUUCCUGCCCAACACUUCACAAAAGUCCUCACAGUCCCCUUGCAGGCCCCUCAGGACAUGGCUCCCCUCUCCAUGCCAUCCGCUUCCCGCCAAACACCCCGCGAAAGUCCUCAGGGCCAGGGGCCUCCUCAGCCCGACCCCCAUGACAGGUCAGAUCAAGGAUCAGGAGGGGACCAGUGGUGGCCAACUCGAGGCGCUGUUACCAUCAGCGCGGCAGGCACCUGGCAGUCCGGCUGAAACUGCCAGCCCGGCCAGGGAGGUCACUGACAGGCCAUCAGGCACUGUCAGACCAUCAAGUUCAUCGCCCUCAAUUGGCCCAUCAAGGAUAGUCAUUGUCAGGCCACCUAUCGCCCUUCAAGACCUUGCAAGGCUGUCUGAUCACCUGCCUGACUUAAGGAAGGUCUGCAGAGAAGCCAUUUGCAGGGACGAGGCAACGAGCUCCCAGUACAGUCUCCUUGAUUCCUCAAGCCUCUUCCUUGGAGUGUCCCUCCACCUCAGAGAGAAGCCCAACCCUUCAGAGAGAGAAGGUUCAACCCUGGCCAGGAUUCGCCCUGUGGAAAUCCUCCUGGAAGUCUCCUCAGUCCGCACAUUGAGCAGAGCAGGAUUCCCACCCACGUUUGGCUUCCAGGCAGACGGCGCCGGAUCAUCCCGAAAAGAUCUCAGCUCCCAGGGUAAGGAGGAGGAAGGCAAAACAGUACAUGCUCCCGGCCGCCCUCUCCCAAUCCUGUUCUUGAUGGACGCGGUGAUCUGCUGUCCUUCUGAAGCCCAGCAACGUGAGCCUCAAUCCAGCCUGGACCUGUUGCCAAUCAGCACAACCAGGGGAAUUCAUUCCCUCAAGGACUUCUGGGGAGGAGAGAGAAGGCCCAUCCCCGGAGGCGGCCGGCUGCCACCACUCCUGCCUGCCGCUCACAGUUUCUCCCCCUGCUGACCUUCUCCUGGCUCAACAUUGUGUGCGCCGCCUCCUAUUCAGCAAGAACUCCCAGGAGAACAGAAUACUUUGAAAAAUGUAUCAUUUUAUUUGUACACUUAAAAAAGUUGUACAUAGAAACUUAUUAUACAGUUCUGUAAAAGUUAUCUUUCGCUGGAAGAACUGCUAAGGAAAGGUGUUACCUUGUCUGGGUGAUCAUUAGGAAGUUAGAGGAAUAAACAAACAACACAGUAAAAUUUUAAA